AGCUGCAUCGUACUUUAUCGCAGCAGCUUCGCAAUGCACCAGCUUCUGUUUGUAGCGACCUUUCUGUGCCUGCUCGUCAGCUCACAAGCUCAACUGGACGUUCCCGGUGUACUGGUAAGCCGUGCAUCGCUUCUACGAACGUUCACAGCGGAAAGCUGCUCCGACGGAACGGGGAAAAUUUCCAUCUGCAGCAACUGUACAUCGCUUUCCUUUUGCUUCGGAGGCAACCCAAUUGCGGAGGCAACUUGCGCCGGUUCCAACCCAUACUGCAAUCCCGGAGAUGUGGCUGCCAGCUGUUUGACCACCCCGGCAAACGGUUGCGGGGCACCUGCCGGCACAGUGAGUGCGAUCGUGUGCACGGCUCUUGGCGUUCUACCAGAUCCCAACAACUGCAAAAUCUAUCACGUAUGUCGCAAUAUGCAGCAGAACUCCGACGUCUAUCAGUGUCCUCCGGGAUAUCACUUCAAUCUCACCUCGCAAUGGUGUCGAUCGGAUCAGGCCGAGCAGUGUGUUCAAGUUACCUGCGGUACAACCAGCGGAUUCGUGUACUAUGGAACCUCCCGGCAGUAUUUUGUGUACUGUUCGUUAGUCAAUGGAGUACCUUCGCCGGCCAGUAUCUUCAAGUGCCCAAACAGGGCUACGUUCAAUUUGACCAGCAUCAGCUGCGUGUACCAAUGUCCAGGUCAGGGCAAUUUUGAGAAUUCAAACGAUCCGUCCAGUUUCUACCAGUGCUACAUCGUCAACGGACAGUAUGUGGUGACCCUACAGAGAUGCCCAACGGGGACGACAUUCAAGGAAGCGUUGCAAUAUUGUGCUUAGGAGGCGAGUGGAGGAAUCGAGCAGGUCGGUUUGAUUAACAGUAUCAAUUUGCUCUGAUUAAAAUAUAUGGAAAAUAUAUGAUUUGAUCAGUGCUGAGAUUUGUCAUUAACAUCGAAAGGAUUUUACGUGAUAAUGCAAACCAAUUUUCUCUCGCCGCCUCAGCAAUCAGCCAUACACAUUUUUGAAGAUUUGUAAGGAGCAGUGUUCGGAAAUCAUUCGCAAAUCUCAUUCAUUCAGCCUCUCUUAGAAAAUUAUUUCGCCUGCGAAUCUGGCAUACUAAUCUAUCGCUUGAGAUUCUCAGGAAUUUUCACGCACUCACACUCACAAGGCCAAAAAAUCAUUCCAAGCGGCGCCGGUGGUGUAGUGAUAAGCGUGAUUACCUCUCACCCCAGCAGGCCUGGGUUCAAUCCCAGUCGGUGCCACCGGAUGUUCUGAGGCAUAACAUCUCUGAUCACGCCUUCCUUCGGAAGGGAAAUAAAGCCAUUGGUCCCCGGUCCAUGAGUUGAUGCGUCGAUAGGUA